GCAGUCAACUCCGGCGCCGUGGAGGGGAUCCAGGAACGACAAAGCAUUCAGCAAAGGGUGAGCAGGAUUUCUUGCGUCUUUCUCAAGUUGGCAUGGCAGUUUAUGUGUAGAGCACAUGGUGAGAACACGCGGGGGUGCUGAAACAAUGGAGUUUAAUGGAGAUGAGGGUACGAGUGUGGCGGAAGUGGAUCGGAAUCGAGAGCCAUCAAAUGAUGGUAGUCUAAAUUCUGAUAAAUCAAAUGAGGCGAGAGUGCCUACUCAGAGGCAAGAAUCGAUGCAGCAGGCAUCUCAGGUUUUGCCGAAUUCAAGUGAAACGAGAACGCUCGAACUUGAAAUCCAAAGGCUCAAUCUCCAGAUUGAGUACGAAAAGCUAUUGCAAACUAGAAUGAACGCGGAACGUCUCAAUAGCACGUUGUCCAACUCUGGGUCGGAGACUGGUGAUCAGAGGCGACGGUGUUUCGAUUCUGUCCAGCAAUGUGCAAAAGUGCUGAAAGGGUUUCGCCUGCCGAGUGACGCGGAUGUGCCAUUAUGGUUUGAGGAAGUAGAAAAACUGUUUGCUACUUACCAAGUACCGUAUGAGAAUCGCGUGCAUUUGGUUAUACCAGCACUAAGUGAGCGAGUUCGUUACCUACUGCGUAACCUCAAUCCUGAAGAGAGUGCAGAUUACGAGGCAGUUAAAGCAGCAGUAUUGACGGAACUGAAGCUUUCUCCGGCAGAGUAUCUGCGGAGGUUUGAAAGAGCAGUAAAGCGGAAGGAAGAGACGUGGGCGCAGUUCGCGUCACGGGUGAAAACUUAUUUCUCCUACUACCUCCAAGUGAGAGAGGCCGACACGGCAGAAGUGAUGGCCGAACUCAUGGUUGCUGACCGUAUAAAAUCGGGACUAAGUACGGAGGGUCUGGAGUAUGUGAGAUUAAGGGAAGGCGAGGGAUGGCUUAGGCCAACUGAGAUCGCUAAAGUGCUCCAAACUUUCGAACAAGCGAAAGGGAAAGGGCGUGCUUCAAAGCAACCAAUUGUAGAAAUGGGGCAAAAGCCGGCGACUCGAGUAGAGAAAGGGGCUCUGAAAUGCCACCUAUGUCACGGCUCAGGCCAUUUCGCUAAAGAGUGCCCGAAGGCUAGUGAUAAGGAGAGCAACACCAAGAAGGCUACCGAGCCAAAGCGGAAGGUACAAAAGGUAGCAUUAACCGACGAUUCGGAAAUUGAAAUACCCAAUGGAGUCCUUAGCGCAAAGGUGGAGUCUCUGAAACACGAGGGUGAAGGCACAAAUAAACUGCAGUUAAUUCCCGUAUCAUGUGCAGAUGUAUCCGCAGAUGCGAUUUUGGAUACAGGGAGUGAGAUAACUGUCAUUCGGGAAAGUCUGCUUCCGCGAAGUUUAGUAGAGCCGUCUGGCACGGUAAGAUUGGUGUCUGCUUUUGGUAAAACGAUCGAGGCAAGGCUAGCUACGUUGCCGGUCAAAUUAAAUAGCCCGCGAGAGGUUACGGAGCCUCAGAGCGUCGACCUACUCUGCGCGUUAACUGAUGAGCUCGUCGAGGGCACAGAUUGUUUGUUGACCGAGGAAGAUUGGAAACUUUUGUUGAAGGCCAGCAGCCCUCUGGCACCCUGUCGAGCACCGGCCGAGCCUGCUCAUGAGGCAGAACAAGUAGUAGAGAAACCAAAAGUAGUGGUUUGCAAUCUUACCUUGGAGGAGAAAGACGUUUCCGGGGAAGAUGCGCAAAUUGAUGAAGAAAGGGAGGCGUCGUUAGGCCAAAGAGAAGAGUUCCGCAAAGUGCAGUUGGGCGACACUACGCUAAAAAAAUGUUGGGAAGAUGCUCGUAGUGGGAAAUCCGGCAUGUUCAUUUCAGACGGACUAUUAUACCACUGCGACUCAAUAGCAGGCACUCGAGUGAGUCAGCUAGUUGUCCCCAAAGAUAAGCGUACUGAGGUAAUGCACUUAGCCCAUGAGUCACUAUGUGGGGGGCACCUAGGGCCAAAGAAAACAAAAGCUCGCAUUAGGUAUAACUUCUUUUGGCCGGGUAUGGCGAAGGAGAUAUUAGAGCAUUGUCGUUCGUGCCAUGAAUGCCAAAUUCGUUCAGACAGGCGUCGCACGGAUAAGGUGCCUAUAACUCCGCUCACUAGACCCGAGCACCCUUUCCAAGUUGUCAAUGUAGAUGUAAUCGGACCCCUAGACACACCGUCAGCGAGAGGGCAUAAGUACGCGCUGUGCUUAGUGGACCUUUGCACGAGGUGGCCAGAGGUGGUCCCACUGCGCUCUUUGACAGCUAAGGCGACUUGUGAUGCACUGAUUGAGAUCUUCAGUCGCACAGGCGUUCCGGAGAUGAUCUGCUCCGAUCAGGGCACUAAUUUCAAAUCUCAGCUCACGCAAACGAUGCUGGAGAAAUUAGGUUGCACACCAAGAUUCUCAACCCCAGAACACCCAGAGAGUAAUGGAGUUGUAGAGAGGUGGAAUCGAGUACUGAAAAACAUGUUGUACCAUGUCAUUCAGAGAGACUCCAAGAAUUGGGACAAAUUGAUCCCAAUGGUUUUAUGGGCUUAUCGGGAAGUUCCCCAUGAGGUAACCGGAGUAGCUCCGUUUCGUCUAUUGUAUGGAAGGAAUCCCACGGGACCGCUUCUAAUACUGCAGAGGACGUGGACGGGAGAAAUGCCGGUGCCGGCAACGUUGAGAGAAAGCCCCGCUAAGUAUUUACAGCAACUUAAAGAGCAGCUCGAGACUGCCGCUAAUAUUGCUGAGCUAAUGAGUGCAACUCAUCAGGAGAGUUACGCCAGUGCGUAUAAUCGCAGCACCAGGCUCAAAGCUUUUAACGUUGGCGACCAAGUUGUGGUUUUCGACAAUGAUCGGAAUUGUAAGAUGUCACCUAAAUGGCUAGGCCCAUUCACAGUGGUUGGACGUGAGCGCGAACAUUCUUACCGCGUUGAAACAUCUGCGGGAAAGGUGAAAAGUGUCCACGCCAACAACAUUCGACCUUACUAUGCAAGGGUCAGUCAUAUUGGGGUAGUCUUCGACUGUCGCUGGUGUUCAGGAGAGGUGGCUUGA